UGCUGCAUCGGGCAUUUGUAGAGAAGGCUUCGGCGCGGUGGGUCGACCAGUUGGCCAACCUUGGUUCAGUCUGCAGAGGAUACCAUGGUAGUCACGUUCAGAGCGCACACGGCGACCUUCACUUCUGCCUAUAAAGCUCAUGUCUCUUUCAUUUUUCCCAUCGAAAACCUCACCUCGUAACACCAACUCAGCGGACCUCGUCGACUCCUCUUCGACAACAAGAUAUUCCUCGUCGUGACACCAAAUCGGCGGACCAUGCCUCGAGGCAGGCUGGAUAGCUCAGAUGACUCUUGGGAGUUGGUGCCUCAACGGAAGACACGUAGGCUAGGGAAAGGGAAUGCACAAGAGUACGUCGUCUCAUCUAACAAACCCAACCCCGACGACACACCUAAACCCAACGGCAUACCUGAACCCAACGAGAUGCUUCAGCCCACCCAGAUUCUUCGACUCAACGAGAUACGUCGACUCGGCAACUCUGAACCCAGCGACAUACCUGAUCCUCACGAAACGCGCCGACGACUCAACGAGCCAGGCCGACGCGACGAGAUGCGCCAACCCACCCAGAUUCUUAUAGUCAACGAGAUCCGUCGACUCGACGGCUCUGAACCCAGCGACAUACCAGACCCCCACGGGAUGCGCCGACGCCUCACCGAGCUAGGCCGCCGCGACUCGUCCCUCCCCAUCCUCUGGCAUCCGGUCGAAGCCCUCCGCCUCCGCUGCGUCCAAUGCUGCGAAGGCGAAUCCUACACCCGGCACCGCGGAUGCCGCGCUCUCCUCGACGUCAAAGCCCUCACCGCCAUGGUCCGCGUCUGCGACGCCAUGGCGACCACGCAGCCCGAUCCCGCCGCCCUGCUCCCGGACCUCCAACUCCUCGCCCGCCUCUGCCUCUGCACCUCCCACACCGGCCAAAUCGCCCGCUUCGUGCAGAACUGGGAAACGCUGCUCCGGGAAGCGUACCCGCGCAGCGUCGUCGCCGCACAGCCGCAGCCUCGCAUCGUCCCCUCGCGCCACCCCGACCACGACAGCCACCUGGAGCUCGCGCGGAAGCUGCGAGCGCUCGACCGCGCUGCCCAGGAGACCGCGCCAGCCGCCGCCGCCCAGACGGCCAAGGCGAUCCGCUGCCCCCUCUGGAAGGCCACCCACGUGCCGCGCCGCCCCGUCGAGGGCGAGUGCCCCAUCUGCAGGGAGGACAUGGACGACCCCGUGGUGCUGACGUGGUGCAAGACGGGCUGCGGGCGCACGUUCCACCGCGAGUGCGUGGAUAUCUGGCGCAAGGAGUGGUCGCGGAUAGAAGAGCAAUCGCGGUGGCACUACGAUGAGCGGCAGUCGUUUAGCUGCGGGAUGUGCCGGAGCAUGUGGGUCGAGUGUGGGUGUGAUGAGGUGAAGGAGGGGGUGCAGGAGGUGGUGCAGGAGGAGGAGGUAGGGGUGUUGGAGGCCUUGAAGCUGUUUUGGGAGGAGUGCGGGAAGCCGGGGUUGCGGGAGUUGAUUGAGUGGGGGGUGCGUUACUGCGGGUGGUAGUUGGAUGGGA